AUGGAAAAUGUGCGAUUUACAAAACUAGAGAAGCAAAGAGAACUUCUGCGCAACAAACAAAGGCAAAAAUAUGCACACCAAGUGUUGUCACUUCAAAAACGUACAGAAAGUGCUGGUAUCAGUAGUUGUAAAGCUAAUAGCUGGAGAGAAAACAAAUUAUCAAGUCAAUCGGCUUUAGGUUUCCCAAUAAAAGAUAGAACCGAUGAAAAUUAUUAUGCAUAUGACGGUCCGCAAUCAUGUGAUACAUCAAACCCUGAUGAUUUUCCUACAAGCGAAGUUCAAGUUAUUCAUGUACUCACAAAACCUACUCCUUUGGGACAACCAAAGUUUGAUCAAACAGUAAGGCGCAAACCAAACUCUGAAGCAAUACAAGAUAAUGUAGUGGAUAGUGAAGAUUACAAAAGUACUGAUAGUCUGAAUAAUCUAACCAUCACACGGUCGAGUACUAUGUUGUCUUCUCUUGACCAAGAUACCUAUCUGGCUUCUACUGCUUACAGUUGA